AUCCUCACUGGCAAUUUUUGUUUGAACUAAUUAAUGAUUAAUGGGAGUGCUCUGUGUAAUGCUGUUCAAUGGCACUGAAGAGAAGAAGGAGCAGACAAGACUAGAUGGAUGCAUCAAGAUCUUUUUCGUAGCACUAAACAGCUAAAAGGAAAAUGAAGCCCACCUUCUCCUUGUGUUUAUUACUGGCUGCUUUGUAUACUGUUGCCCAGUGUCAUCAGCGCCCUCCCUACCGCAGUAAGCAGGAUGGCACUAAAGGGACAUAUUAUCCAGGACAUAGUUCUCAGUGGGAAGGAGCUUAUCCAGUUAAGAACAAAACCUUUGUCAAACUAGUUUUCAGCAAUACUGACUUUGCAUUUUCAUUUUACAAGUUGGUUGCGUCCGAAGCAAUGGAUCAAAAUAUUUUCUUUUCACCCAUAAGCAUCUCUGCUUCCUUUGCAAUGCUGGCACUCGGUGCCAAGUCAGUGACACUGACACAGAUUCUGGAAGGGCUUACCUUUAACCUGAAAAAGACUCAGGAGUUGGAAAUCCAUGACAAUUUUUGCCAACUCCUCCACAUGCUGAACCGUUCAGACAGCGAGUUCCAGCUGAGCCUGGGAAAUGCCCUUUUUAUAGAAGAAACUCUAAAACCAGUACAGAAGUUCUUGGAUGAUGUCAAACACUUUUAUGAAUCUGAAGUCUUUUCUUCUGACUUUAACAACUCUGUUGGCGCUGAGAAUCAGAUCAACAGUUAUAUUGAGGAAAAGACAAAUGGGAAAAUUGUUAAGUUAGUGGAAAAUCUUGAUCCUCUCACUGCAAUGGUCCUCGUUAACUAUGUCUUCUUUAGAGCUCAGUGGGAGAAACCCUUCAGUACAUUAUAUACAAGACAGGAGGAUUUUUUUGUGGAUCAGAAAACAUCUGUAAAAGUUGACAUGAUGUAUCGAAAGGGUUACUACAGAAAUUACUUUGAUGAAGAGCUGUCCUGUUGGCUGGUUCAGAUAUCUUACAAAGGAGAUGUUGCGGCAUUAUUUAUUUUGCCUGAUGAAGGGAAGAUGAAGCAGGUGGAAGAUGCUCUCUUGAAAAAGACUGUAUCUAAAUGGGAAAAGUUCCUCCAAGACAGAAAAAUACAUCUGCACAUUCCAAAAUUUUCUAUUUCUGGUACCUAUGAUGUGAAAAGGAUAGUCAAACAAAUGGGUAUGAUCGAUCUGUUCACUGACCAAGCUGAUCUGUCUGGGAUUACUGAGGAGCCUGGACUGAUGCUUUCAAAAGUGAUUCACAAAGCCGUGCUGAAUGUUCAUGAGAAUGGCACUGAAGCAACAGGGGUCACAGUGAAGGAGGUUACCUGGAGAUCUGGUGAUUUUCCUCGUCCGCCUCGAGUCAGAUUCAACAGGCCCUUUCUCCUGGUGAUUCUGGAUAAACUCACCCACACUGUCCUCUUCGUUGGGAAAAUUGUAAACCCUAGGAAAAAUGACUGAUUGACAAGACUUCUGCACAUCGCUGGCUAAAUUCCUGUGAUCUCGUGAAACACUUAUGUAUGCAUACCACUAUGUAGUAGUGCUCAUCUUUCAACCAUUACCCUUAUAAACAUGAUCACCCCUUAAAACAUAAAAACAAUUUUUCCUUGUCCAAAAGUCACAUUUGCUCCAGCCUACAGCUGAGUAUAGCUUGUAGUGUUAAUGAAAUACAAGUAACUUUUCACCGGUUUUGUAGGAUGUCUUUUCUGACAUGCUCCUGUGGGAUAUUCAGAUUUUUCAAAGUCUCCAGAUGAUGUAGCUGUUGCUGUACAAUCACAGCUUCUGCCUGUGAGAGGAGGAGAAGGGAAAGAGGGAAAAGAAGGUACAAGGUGUAAGACCUGUCUGUUUAAUCCACUAACCUUUGAUGACUAUUCUUAAAUACAGAUCCCCUUAAUAU